ACUUCGGACUGGGAACGACGCUCACGCGGUCGAAGAGGGCGUUCCUUCUAGUCAACCAUUCACACAUUUUUCACUUUUCCACGGCGGAAGAAAACUAAACUCUAACGGGAAGGGGAGAAAUAUACUAUUUUUUAGAGUCAGUGCGCGGGGGUACCGGUUAGUUGAGAUGGCCAAUGAGGCGAAGCCGUGUCCAUGUGACAUGGGAUACAUGAUGGAGUAUGGAGGUGUUGGCCAGGAGGUCCAGAUAGAACACAUCAAGGCCUACCUGGUCAAGCCUCCCUCUGAUUCAGACAAGGCUGUCAUCAUCAUCCAGGACAUCUAUGGCUGGCAGCUACCCAACACCAGAUACAUGGCUGACAUGCUGGCCUCCAAUGGAUACAUUGCAGUGUGUCCUGACUUCUAUGUUGGAAAGGAGCCGUGGAGUCCAUCACAAGAUUGGUCUACGUUUCAGCAGUGGCUGGAGGACAAGAAGCCCACCAAUAUCAACAAGGAGGUGGACGCAGUCCUGAGGUUUCUGAAGAGCCAGUGUGGGGCCCUGCGUAUUGGGGCAGUGGGCUUCUGCUGGGGGGGGGUGGCCACCCACUACCUGGCUCUGCAGUACCCUGAGGUCAGGGCAGGGGUAUCUGUCUAUGGAAUCAUCAGAGAGAGGGAGGACAGGUAUGAACUGAAGAGCCCGACGCUGUUUAUCUUCGGAGAGAAGGAUGACGUCAUCCCACUGGACCAGGUGAGUGUCCUGGAGAAGAACCUGCAGGAGAAGUGUACAGGUGUAGACUACCAUGUGAAGGUCUUCCCAGGUCAGACUCAUGGCUUUGUUCACCGGAAGAGAGAGGACAUCAACACCACAGACCAGCCCUGCAUCCAGGAGGCCAGGACAGACAUACUCAACUGGUUGCAGAAAUACAUGUAGAAUAUCUACAGUGCAGUUGUCAAUCAUCUGCCGUCCAUGGUAGAGUGAACAGAAAGGAUAAAAACACAAAUCCAAUUUCACUACACCACUAACCUUAUUAAAAAGAAAUAGCUAAUGUAAUUGAUCAUCAGUUCUGAGGUCAUUUCCACAUAUGUCCUUACUGAAUAGCAGCCUAUCUGGUGAUUAUCAUGUCCUUGAUUUAUCAUGAUCAAAUUCAAGCUGACGGGGUGUUUUAAUGUGGAAUCUGUUGUUGCCAUAUUUGUAGUAGACUUUAGUUUUGUACCUUUUUCUUGCAGUACAUUGUACACAUCUCUUCCUUUUAUACAUGAUCUCUUCCUUGUAUACAUGAUCUCUUCCUUGUAUACAUGAUCUCUUCCUUGUAUACAUGAUCUCUUCCUUGUAUACAUGAUCUCUUCCUUGUACACAUCUCUUCCUUGUACACAUGAUCUCUUCCUUGUACACAUGAUCUCUUCCGUGUAUACAUGAUCUCUUCCUUGUGCACAUGAUCUCUUCCUUGUGCACAUGAUCUCUUCCUUGUGCACAUGAUCUCUUCCUUGUACACAUCUCUUCCUUGUAUACAUGAUCUCUUCCUUGUACACAUCUCUUCCUUGUACACAUGAUCUCUUCCUUGUACACAUGAUCUCUUCCUUGUAUACAUGAUCUCUUCCUUGUACACAUGAUCUCUUCCUUGUAUACAUGAUCUCUUCCUUGUAUACAUGAUCUCUUCCUUGUAUACAUGAUCUCUUCCUUGUACACAUGAUCUCUUCCUUGUAUACAUGAUCUCUUCCUUGUAUACAUGAUCUCUUCCUUGUACACAUGAUCUCUUCCUUGUACACAUGAUCUCUUCCUUGUACACAUGAUCUCUUCCUUGUAUACAUGAUCUCUUCCUUGUACACAUGAUCUCUUCCGUGUACACAUGAUCUCUUCCUUGUACACAUGAUCUCUUCCUUGUACACAUGAUCUCUUCCUUGUACACAUGAUCUCUUCCUUGUAUACAUGAUCUCUUCCUUGUACACAUGAUCUCUUCCUUGUAUACAUGAUCUCUUCCUUGUAUACAUGAUCUCUUCCUUGUAUACAUGAUCUCUUCCUUGUAUACAUGAUCUCUUCCUUGUAUACAUGAUCUCUUCCUUGUACACAUCUCUUCCUUGUACACAUGAUCUCUUCCUUGUACACAUGAUCUCUUCCGUGUAUACAUGAUCUCUUCCUUGUACACAUGAUCUCUUCCUUGUAUACAUGAUCUCUUCCUUGUAUACAUGAUCUCUUCCUUGUAUACAUGAUCUCUUCCUUGUACACAUGAUCUCU